GUGUCCGCUCGGCGUCCAUGCGGACAAUACUCUACCUCGAACAUAACAAUGCGCUUUUUAUUACCAUUCACUUAUUUAUUCACGAUUUGUCUUGCAAUAGAAGACUAUCAAACGAAACGAGCCAAAUUACUCCGCGAUGAAUCAACUCAAUCAAUAGGAGGUAAAAUAACCCUCACAGAUAACGAAACUCUCGUCAAUAACUGCCUGAUGCAACUCAAGUUCCGAGAAGUAGAUUAUGGCUUUGAAAAUCCGCAAUAUUACAAUUUCUCACGACAUUACUUCGCGUAUAAAGAUGAUAUACGGAAAUCGAAAGUCUACAAGAUUAUACGGGACAUGCCAAAAGGAGCUGCAUUGCAUAUUCACGAUAUGGGCAUACUGGAUCCUGAUUACGUUUUGAAUAUAACAUACAGGGACAAUCUAUACGUUUGUUUCGGAAAUGACAGAUUAAAGUUAAAGUUUUCACACGCACCGCCCGAUUCAACGUGCAGGUGGCAGCUUAUGAAAGACGCGAGAUUUUCUUCCGAGAACGUAACAAAAUUUGACGCUGAUCUGCAGAAGCAUUUUUCAAUAUGCGUCGAUGAUCCUGAUAUUGUCUACCCGAGUAUAAAAGAAGUGUGGGGCGCGUUUACUGGGUACUUCGUGACUGUUGCUCCUAUGAUGUCCUAUCGACCGGUUUGGGAGCAAUAUUUUUACGACGUGUUGAAAAAGUUUAGAGAAGACAAUAUAAUGUACGUUGAAGUGCGGAGUGUAUUGCUAAACUUAUACGAAUUGGAUGGAACGGUAUAUGACCCUUUAAUUACCGCAAAAACAUAUCAGAAAGCGUAUAGACGGUUUAUUAAAGAUUAUCCAGAUUUUAUCGGAGCAAAACUAAUAUACGCGCCACCAAGGAACGUAGAUCGCUCUAAGUUGGCCGAAUAUCUAAAUCUGGCGUACAGGAUAAAAGAAAAUAUGUCUGAUUUCUUCGCUGGCUUCGAUCUGGUCGGUCAAGAGGACGUGGGGAGUCCAUUAGUGGAAUUUAUUCCGCAAUUGAGCGCUGCUGCGAAAGAUUUCAACUUCUUCUUCCACGCGGGAGAAACUGAUUGGUACGGCACAUUCACGGACGAAAAUCUAGUGGAUGCUAUCCUUUUAGGUGCUAAAAGAAUAGGUCACGCGUAUGCGCUGCCCAAACAUCCGAUGGUAAUGAAAGCGGUUGUUGAAAAUGAUAUUGGUUUAGAAGUGAAUGUGAUAUCGAACGCUGUUUUAGCAUUAGUCCGUGAUAUAAGGAACCAUCCGUUAAGUACUUUCAUUGCGCAAGGCUUACCAGUAGUGCUAUCCAGUGACGAUCCAGGAAUCUGGCAAGCGGAUCCGUUAUCCGAUGACUUUUACGUUGCUUUCGUUGGUGUUGCCAGCCGUUUGUCAGACUUGAGGUUGUUAAAGCAACUUGCAAUAAAUUCUUUGAAAUACAGCGCUUUAGAACACAAUGCUAAAACGCUUGCUUUAAAUAAAUUCAAUCGCCGGUGGAACGAGUUCAUUGAAAAUUUUAAUUGUUCAAAGUAUUGAAUAAAAAUAAUUCCAUAUGUGA